ACACACACGUCUUUGCCCUCCCGCUCCCAUAAAUGCAGCAGUACAUUCUGUGUGUGCACAUUUCUUUUUCUUCUUGUUCUUUUUUUUUUUUUUCCGGUGACAGAGACGGAAAGACAAGGAGAUUUUGUGUCAUAGAAAGUGAGAAAGGAAGAGGAGGGGAGGGGGCGAGAGACGGCAGGGAGGGGUGAGAUAGAUAGAAAGAGCAAGGCGAGCGAAGGGGACGGAAGGGAGGGGAGAGAGAGAGAGAGAGAGAGAGAGGAGAGAGAGAGAGAAAGAGGGGGAGCACAUGUGUAUGCUUGUCACUAAGGGGCUGGGAGAAGGGCUGAGGGAAGCGAGGUAGCUGGCCACGGCCGCCAUAUGCUGACUGGAUCCCGUUCAUGUCUGCUGCUGUGUGAAAGUCUGUGUUGUGCUGGCCGGCCGGGGAACACACACCAUGGGAAGCUCACAUCUCCUCAACAAAGGCAUGCCUCUAGGCAUCAGGCCUCCCAUCAUGAACGGGCCCAUGCACCCCCGCCCCCUGGUGGCGCUGCUGGACGGCCGGGACUGCACCGUGGAGAUGCCCAUCCUGAAAGACGUGGCCACGGUGGCGUUCUGCGACGCUCAGUCCACGCAGGAGAUCCACGAGAAGGUCCUGAAUGAAGCUGUUGGAGCUCUGAUGUAUCACACUAUCACCCUGAUGAGAGAAGACCUGGAGAAGUUUAAAGCGCUCCGUAUCAUCGUCCGCAUCGGCAGCGGCUACGACAACAUCGACAUUAAAUCUGCUGGAGAGCUUGGCAUCGCCGUGUGCAACAUGCCCGCCGCCUCGGUGGAGGAGACGGCCGACUCCACGCUGUGCCACAUCCUCACCCUGUACCGACGCACCACCUGGCUGCACCAGGCUCUCCGGGAGGGCACACGGGUCCAGAGCGUGGAGCAGAUCCGAGAGGUGGCGUCGGGAGCGGCGAGGAUCCGAGGGGAGACGCUCGGACUCAUCGGGCUCGGUCGGGUGGGUCAGGCUGUAGCGCUGCGAGCAAAGGCCUUCGGAUUCAAUGUGAUUUUCUAUGACCCUUAUCUGGCUGAUGGCGUAGAAAGAUCUCUGGGACUACAAAGGGUCACAACACUACAGGAUCUGCUCUUCCACUCGGAUUGUGUGUCUCUGCACUGUAGCCUCAACGAGCACAACCACCACCUGAUCAACGACUUCACCAUCAAACAGAUGCGGCAGGGGGCCUUCCUGGUGAACACGGCCCGGGGCGGCCUGGUGGACGAGAAGGCCUUGGCUCAGGCCCUGAAGGAGGGCAGGAUACGUGGCUCUGCUCUGGACGUUCACGAGACAGAACCGUUUAGUUUCAGUCAGGGUCCGCUGAAGGACGCCCCCAACCUGAUCUGCACGCCGCACGCCGCCUGGUACAGCGAGCAGGCUUCACUGGAGAUGAGGGAGGAGGCGGCCAGGGAGAUCCGACGGGCCGUGACGGGUCGAAUCCCGGACAGUCUGAAGAACUGUGUGAAUAAAGAGUUUCUCACUCAGAACAACCACUGGACCGGAGUCGACCCGGCAACCGUCCACCCAGAGCUCAAUGGGGCAUACAGGUAUCCCCCGGGCGUGGUGAACCUGCCGGCCGGCGGCCUCCCCCCGCCCGUCGAGGGCAUCGUGCCCAGCGCCGUGCCCAUCACACACACCCUCCCGCCGGCCAUCACACACCCCCCUCACGCCCCGUCCCCGGGACAGAACACAGUGAAGCCACCAGAGGGCGACAGAGAGCAGCAUCCAAACGACCAACUGUAGCUUCUCCCUCCCCCCAACACACCCCCUCCCCGAAAAACACACGAUUCUCACUCCGAGGAGGAAGAAGAGGAAGAGGAUGAUGAGGAGGAGUGGAUGCCUGUUGGGUGCUCCGGUCAGUCCUCUUCCCCACCCAGAAGCAGAUCUGUGGCUCGCAGGAUCAUCUUCACUUUCUCUGCCAUACCUAACUUAAAAAAAAAAACAACAGGAAAAAAAACAAAAAAAACAAAAACAAAGGGUGACUGGAUUUGAGAGGAAAGCGUCUCCACUGUUAGGCUGUAGUGUGUUCACAGGUCGAGGGCGGGUUUCACGUCUUUCUCUCUUUUCCGUGUCCUUCCUUUAGUUCGGUGUACAAGCGAAGUGAGUAGGUUAUGAGAUGAAUGUAACCCGUCUGUGUACAGUUUUAGACUUCCAGCGAGAACAUACUGAUAUUUGUAUUCCAGUCUUAACAAAAUCGAAGGUGAUCCGUCUUCAUGUAGCCAAACCGCUUCCACAAUUCAACACGUGCUUCUGUUUUUCUUUAAAGUGUCCCAAGAUUAGCAAACUCCCCCAAAAAAUAGGCAGCUUUUUGCACACCAUCUCAGGAAGUUACGUUUCCUCAGUUGGUUAAUUUUUGUUUUUUUUUCUUUCAUUUGAAGCCACUUAGUGCUUUUGUUUUUCUACCUGCUUGCCUUUUCGUGUCUCGCUCCAUUAGAGAAAGAGCUUUGAAAGUCGAUCUAAUGUUUGCUUUUGUUGAUUCUGUUUGAGGGGCAUGUUCUUUUUUUUUUUUUUUUUUUUUUUUUUUCCUCUUGUGUAAAUGUUUAACCCAGAUGUUGGGAGGGAAAAGGCUUGAUGGAGGCAGUAAAUGGUAUUCCGGGCCUAGGAGGUGAUGCACAGAGUUUUUUAGCAGCUUGAGAAAAUGAUUGUCGUCUUUAAGGUCUCAUCUGGUACUCCCCCCCCCACUUUCACACACACACACACACACACACACACACAUCAUACAGACCAGUUUCAUUGUGUUGCUUCAUGCUGCUGAUUUUUAAAUAUAACCUGCAGACCAGUUGAUGAAAACAGUGACAGAUGAGAAGUCUUGCAUUUGAACUUGCAUCAAAUCAUGUUUUUGAUCUUCCUUUAAGGACCUUCUGAGAAGAACCUGCUUGUUCCAAUAGGGGAAAAAAAAAACCUCCAGUUCUGAAGAAGGGUUCUUGCACAAUGAAGUAAAGAUUUGGCAUGUGAGCACGUUGCGACUUCUCCAGACCUGUAUUUCCCUUUAACAUUUCGCGAUGGGUCCUUCCUGAGUAUAGCGUUGAGCCGCCCCCUGUGGCCUGUGUCUAUGUGUACAUAUGGUGUUCUGCCUGCCUGUGUCAAUGUGACUUGGUUGUAUCUGUGUCUAAAAAAGCAGCACUGGGAGGAGGGGGGGGUGGCGGCAGCUCGUACUGCUCAAAACUGCCAUUGAGAUGCACACGCUCGGAAAAGCUUUGAACUCCAAACCUAAGAUAAUCUGCACUUUGACUGGUUUCACGUUCCCACGGUGCAAGCGACGCGAAAUCUCCAGAUCCCUCUGGGCCGUACGAGGAGUUGGUGUGCUUUGAGCCGAGUGCCGGUGCUUCCCGGAUCCCCUUCUGCCAGCAGCUGAGUAGUUCAAACAGUUUACUGUCGCCUACCUGGUCUUCUUCAUGGUGAGGUAGUAAGCGUAGCGAUCAGGGAUGGACGUCUCCAUAACAAAACCAGGUCAAACUCUCACCGAUCCCAAUCUGAAAAUCUCGUGAAGUUAGAGCAGGACUACUUUAAAAUCCUCACAGUUGUGAGGACGAACCUCCUCGCUGCUCCUUCCAGAUACAAACUGUAAGCAUUCCUCCCUGAAACUGAUCGGUGCCGCGUGGAAACUCCACCUUCUAAUGAGCGCCGUGUGGAGGCGCUCGGUGGAAGUCCAUCCCUGGUAGUAACACACAGUCCACUGUUGCCUACCUUUGGUCCCCUUUAUGGUAAAGUAGUAGGCGUAGCAAUAUACAGUAUACAUAUUCUAUAUUCUACAGUAAAUAUCAUUAUUUUUGGUCAAAAA